UGAGAACCCCGUCCUCGAAGCGUUGUUGUGAAUCCAAUAUGGCGAUAUUUGAUGUUGUGCUAUUUUAAAGAAGUGCACAUGUUUUCAUACAAAUGGGAGUUAAAUAGGAGAAUACAACGGUGCAAUAAAGUAGCGCCUAAUAAUUGAGUCACUAUUUGAAUACAUAGUGGAAAGAGCGUUGACUAUAAUGACUGACACGAGAAGAAGAGUAAAGCUGUACGCUUUGAACGCUGACCGGCAAUGGGACGACAGGGGCACAGGGCACGUCUCUUCGUGUUAUGUAGACAGACUCAAGGGCACCUCACUACUUGUGAGGGCAGAGUCUGAUGGAUCUCUUCUUUUAGAAAGCAAAAUUCAACCAGACACAGCCUACCAGAAGCAACAGGACACACUAAUAGUAUGGUCAGAAGGUGACAAUUUUGACUUAGCCUUAAGUUUUCAAGAAAAAGCUGGAUGUGAUGAAAUAUGGGAGAAGAUCUGCCAGGUUCAAGGAAAAGAUCCAUCAGUUGAAAUCACACAAGAUAUUGUAGAAGAAUCGGAAGAUGAGCGUUUUGAUGAGAUGUCAGACAGUGUCCAACCUGUGGAACUUCCACCAUGUGAAAUGGGAAGACUGGAAGACAUAAGCGAGUUGGUCAACAGCUGUUUGGUUUCACCAGCUCGAAAAGACAAAUUGGCUGCUGCUCUAGAAACCCAGCACUAUAUAAAGAAAUUACUCAAUCUCUUCCAUAUGUGUGAAGACAUAGAAAACAUUGAGGGCUUACAUCAUCUCUAUGAGAUAUUCAAAAGCAUAUUCCUUCUCAAUAAAAACACUUUGUUUGACACAAUGUUUGCAGAUGACACUAUAUUUGAUGUUGUUGGCUGUCUGGAGUAUGACCCAAGUCUACCCCAGCCCAAAAAACAUAGAGAAUAUCUGCGGGAGCUAGCAAAAUUUAGAGAGGCCAUUCCUAUUAAAAAUCAGGAUUUACUGGCAAAGAUACAUCAAACAUACAGAGUUCAAUACAUCCAGGACAUUGUUUUACCCACUCCCACAGUCUUUGAGGAUAAUCUGCUUAGCACAUUAUCUAGUUUUAUAUUUUUUAAUAAGGUAGAAAUAGUAAAACUUAUAGAGGAAGAUGACAGAUUUCUGACAGAUUUGUUUAAGUUGCUAAUGGAUGAUAAGACACCAAACCCUAAGAGGAGAGAUUUAGUUUUAUUUUUAAAAGAGUUUUGUAAUUUUUCGCAAAACCUUCAGCCGCAAGAUAAAGAUGCGUUUUAUAAAACGUUAGUUUCAUUGGGGAUCCUGCCAGCGUUAGAAAUUACAUUAAGUAUAGAAGACCAGAAGACCAAGACUGCGUCUAUAGAUAUAUUAACUUAUAUUGUGGAAUUCUCACCUUCGGUAGUGAGAGAUUACACUUUACAGCAAGCUAACAACACAGAAGAGGAGCACAUGCUGCUUAACAUAGUGAUAGAACAGAUGCUACGGGACCGUGACCCUGAACUCGGAGGUGCUGUGCAGCUGAUGGGCGUCUUACGUAUCCUCCUGGACCCGGAGAGCAUGCUAGCUUCGGUCAAUAAAAGUGAAAAAGCAGAUUUCCUAAACUUUUUCUACAAACACAGUAUACAGACACUUAUAGCACCAUUACUACAGAACACAACUGGAGAGAAACCCCUGAGGGAAGACUAUCACACUGUGCAGCUACUGGGGCUGGUCCUGGAAUUGCUCUCGUUCUGUGUCGAGCAUCACACUUAUCACAUCAAAACUUGCAUAUUGAACAAGGAUCUCCUUCGCCGCAUACUGGUUCUUAUGCGAUCAACACACACCUUCCUAGUGCUGGGUGCUCUCAGAUUCAUGCGCAAAAUCACGGCGCUGAAGGACGAAUACUACAACCGGUACAUCAUCAAGGGAAAUCUCUUUGCGCCGGUUAUAGAUGCGUUCCUUAGAAAUAAUGGCAGGUAUAACCUACUCGACUCUGCUAUACUAGAACUAUUCGAGUUCAUAAAGCUGGAGGAUAUCAAGUCGCUUUGUUCACACGUGGUCGAAAACUACGGCAAAAUUUUAGAAGACGUGGAAUAUGUACAGACUUUUAAAGCGUUGAAGACGCGAUAUGAUCAGCAUCAGGAUAAACUAAAAGAGCGGGACCGAGUGAGCGGCAGCGUGGGCGUGGCCGAGGCCGUGGUCCCGUCGCUGCUGCGCUCGCGCUACCGCCGCGAGGCGCGCGCGCCCGACGACGAGGAGGAGAUGUGGUUCAACGACGAGGACGAGCUGGACGACGAGCCGCCGCUCGAGCCCGCGCAGCCGCACCCGCACCCGCACCACGCGCUCGACGCCAUCGGUAAAAUAGUAGAAAAGAAAGUUUGCACGAGUACAGAGAGCGCGAACGGGCCGAGCAGAGUGCUGCUCAACACGGCGUCGCCCAAACCGGCGCACACCGACGUUCAGGUAUCCGAGCCCAGAUUACUCGAUAAGGGCCUCGUGGACUACGACGGCGACUCGGACGAGGAGGAGGAGGGCGGCGCGGGCGCCGGCGCCGACGAGCGCGACGCCAAGCGGCCGCGCCUCGCGUAGUGCUGCCCCGUGACCGGCACACCCUCCCCUCCCCCUCCAGCUGUGCACUAUCAGUGAUGCCGUAAGGAUGCACUACUAUAGAGGUGUGACAUGGGCCCAAGAGUAGCGGCUGUCGGAUGCUUGCAGAUCGAGCGAGGCUAAAAGUGGGCUUGGACUUGACGAACGCGACGUUGUAUAGUACGCGUUCGUGAAACGCGCCAGCGGUGCGUUCGCCCGGUCUGGACGCACCUGAAGUGUAGAAUCCUCAUGAUGGGUUGUGUUAAUGUUCGCUGUCGAAAACUCGCUGGAGCGGAUAUGCGUUGGAAUUAGGAAUUUGGCUGGAAUAAAGAUAGUAAAGAAUUAUAAUACAGUAUCUUAAUGAAAUAAAAAAGUAAGGGUCCGAUACACAUAUACAUGUUGAUAUGCGAAGUGCCUGAUUUACUGAGGAUGUAGUUUGUAUUGCAAGUUAGAGCUCGGCUGAGAAAUAAAUUAAUUUUGACAAGGAUAUCUCCUGAAGGCAGGAUAAGGGUCUCCCUACAUAUAUUGACGAGGAAUCAGCAGAAGCCGAUAUCGUAAACCUUAUGUCUGCACGAUAAGAGCGAAAAAGACGUCGUUCGGAUAUUGCGUAGACUUAAAGCUUUUUUUUUAUCGGUUUUUACCGAUUCCGCGUCGAUAUAUCUGUGGAGACCCUUAACCUUCCAGAUUGCGUCAUGACGACCGCGCUCUAACUUACAACAUUAAAUAGAUACUCUAUUAGAACUCUAUGAAUGUCUGUAGGCAUUUGGCAGAAACUUUUUUUAGGUGGUUUUCACAUUGGAUACAAAAUCACACGUCGCUCCGGUUGGCGAGCGGGAUAUCGCUAUAUACGUGCAUAGCGCUGUCACGCUCAAACUCCAGAGUGACAUGCGAAUUUGCAUCAGUGUGACUACGUUAUGAUCCAUCGAGUAGUUAUUAUUCGGAACGUUCAUAAAUAAGUGCCGUAGCCGUGUUGCGCCCAUGUAACGUAGUAAUUCUAAUUAAUUAGCAUAUGAAAUCUUCAUACUAAUUAAAAUUAACUUCGUAUGGCAUCUCAGAGUGUUAGGGACGUUAUGUUUAUCAAAUGUGGAGCAGGAAUUGUUUUUGAUGGCCAACGAGGCUGAGUGUACUUGCAGCGUAGCCUUAUUUUAUACAUAAAUAGUGUUAACUGUUGAAAAGUAUUUGCGUUAACAUGAAGAAUGUUAGGCUGCAUUUCCACUGUGGCAGAGAAAUAGUGUGCAGGAAUAAUAAUAGCAUUGGUUCUCUUCUCCGGUUGGGUUACAAACAAUGCUAUUGGAUGAUUCCCGCACUUUUCCUCAUCUGGUUCGUUGGGAAGGCAGCCUUACGUCUAUGUAAUUUCGAUCAGCAGAUCUACUAUGAGCAUGUCAAUCAAUGAAAGAAUGAGGGUUACUAAUUUGGUCAAUAUGAACAGAUAUAAACAGGUAUCACUAGUUAAAUCUGAUUUUGCAUGCCGCGUCUGUCGCGUAUGUUGUUGAUAAACUCAAAAAUUACUGAACGGAUUCUCAUGCGGUUUUCAACUAUCAAUAGAGAAAUUCUUGAGGAAGGUUUAGGUGUAUAAUUUGUAAAAAGGUUUUGGGUAACCCGUGCGAAGCCGCGGCGGGUCUAGUAAUCAUUUAAGUUUCGACUAAGGUUUUUUUUAAAUCAACUAUACGAUGCUUAAGCCCACGGCUUAUGGGACUUUAAAAGGGAAGAAUUGCUUUGCGAUCCUAACGAAAUAACAGUAAUUUUUCUAUGAUUGACCCAUUUCGGAAGAAAACGUUUUCGACUAACGAAUUCUUAACAAAUCACUUUGAUUUUGAUGUCGAUAGUUUCAGCAUAAAAUAUUCUAGGUUUAUAGGUUUCGCUUUUUAUAUAAAAAAAAAUGUAUUUCAAAUUUUGAAAAAAAAAAAGGAUAACCUAUGAACCUAGUUAUUCAUUGUGUCAAUAACAUUUAAAUUAUUGAGAAUGGAAAACAUUUAGAAGUGUGUUCAUCAUCACAAAUAUUUGUUCUUGUGUUAUGGAUGUUUUCUAUGUAUUUUUUAACCCUUUGAACGCUUUAUGUCAUAAACAUCACUCAAACGCCAAGCUCCCGGGCGCAAGCGAGCUAAUGUAAACCUAACUCGAAAGUGUGAAGGUUACUUUGACAACGUCCGCCAUAAAACCUAUAGGUUCUUGGCGUUCAAAAGGUUAAAGACACUCCAUGCAGAUCAAUUUGUCAAAUCAGUUAGAGAUUGUAUCAUAAAGUUCCUUAUGUAAACGCAAAUACAGUCGUACAAAUAUCGCUGCGCAACAUCAGUCUCCGUUGUAUCCAUCAUUAUGUAACAUAGUAACUUUUUACUUACGGAGGGUCCUAGGUACAGUCAAGGUAUUAAAUAUCGACACGGGCAAAGUGCCUAAAAUAUGUAUACACGACCUCAUUGGCCAUACAUCAAGGUAGUGUGUACAUAUUUUUGUCGCUUCGUCCGUGUCGAUAUUUAAUACCUUGGCUGUACAAAAAUAUCAAAUGCUUCCACACUGACACAUUUACAGUUUAGAACAAAUAUAUUUAAAACGUAGGAUAACGUAUUUAAUGUGAAAUGUUUUUUUUUGUUUAGAUCAUUUUUCUGAAGGUGUAAAAUCGCAAAAGUACAAAGAGAAAACUGAGUGGUAUUUGGAUACAUAUUGAAUGUGAGAUGCAAGUGUAAAAAUGUGUGUAGAAAUUAUAGUUCACUAUUCCGUUCACAUAUUACAUACAUAUUUCCGUGAAUGAAGGCCAGUUUGUUUAUUUGUAACCAAUGUUAAUGUGCAGCUCUCAAACGUGAUUCAAAUAAUAAAGGAAACGAGGCUAAUUUGGCUAAGGGACUGCAGGCGCAAUCAGAUAUAUCGGACCGGCCAAGGUGCUCACAAAUAUAUGUACACACCUCUAGGCGCAGUGCACACUGCAUCCGAUUGUCAGGUACGUCUAUAGAUAUUUUUGAGUAUCUUGGCCGCUCCGAUGUAUAUGAUGGCAACUGUACCUUGAUUUUUUUUUUUUCUUAUAGCCUUUUGUGGAAACUUACACCUAUGUACAGCACUAUAUAAACACACUUUUGGCACUUUUCUGUAUGAGGCUCGCCUGUGACUUACGCAACUCACGCUUCGCGUUUAAUGACCUCAAUUAUGCAACAGUUGCAUAAGAAUAUUAAUUUAGCCAUCACUCUCCACAAAAAGCUGUGAGAAGGAUAAACGUGUCGUUCCCAAGCAAAAAGUCCAAUCCACUUUGUCGUUUGCCAUAAGGACGCUUUGACAGGUUACUCGUAUAAUGAUAAAAGCAAAUUUCGUCCUUAUGGUAAGCGACAAAAUGGGACUAGACUUCGACACAAACACUUCUGCUACAGUCACCUUAGACUAAGUUCUCAAUAUUUGGCAGAAAGCCAAUAUCAUUUUGUUUUUACUCAAAUGACAAAAUAUUAAUUAUAACCGCCACUAUGAAAUACGUCAUAAGUUUAGUUCUUGGUUAUGUAAGAAGGCGUUGAACAAGGUGAAUGUCCAAUAGGUGAUAUGACCUUCAUAUUAAAAACAUCCAUUUUGUAAAUAUACGAUGACUUAUUUAUUGUGAGAAUACUUUUAUUUUUCUAAAUUUAAUCUUAGGCGCUCUUUGUUGAGAGUACAGAAACAUAAAUUCGGUUUUAGUCUUCUAAUCAAGCUAACUC